AUGGGUUUGCUCGAGAGCUUGACGACCGCCAAUCCCCUUCACGUCGCGGGCUACGUGUUUGGGGCAUACGUCCUUCUCCUCGUCUUUUACAGAGUCAGAAUCGAGUACCUGAUUAAGAGGAGCGGCGGUGUCAGGGCACCAGUCAUUGCCUCCAACCCCGUAACUGCCAUCCCAGUCUUUCUGCGUAUUGGACAGUAUCAGCUCAGACAUCAGCUCCUCGAGGGGUUCAACUCGCUCUACAAUGUCGCCACCAAGGAGUCUCCCAACACCAUUGAGAUUGGCUUCACCGGAAAGCUGCGGUUCCUGAUUACCAAGGAACCGGAGCACAUUAAGACGGUCCUGACGUCGAAGUUUGCAGACUUUGGCAAGGGCCCGAUGUUCCACCAGGUCUGGUCACCGUUCCUCGGCGAUAGCAUUUUCACGACCGAUGGAAAGACAUGGCAGGACAACCGGUCGUUGAUCAGGCCCAUGUUCAUCAAGGAUAGAGUCAGCGAUCUCGCCAUCUUCGAUAAGUGGUCCAAGGCCAUGAUGGCCAGGUUCCCUGCUUCCGGUGUGACCUUUGAUAUCAUGGACUUGUUCUACCGCAUGACGUUGGACGUCACGACCGACUUUUUGCUGGGACACAGCGUCAACAGCUUGAGCAACCCGAAGCAUCACUUCGCCCAUGCCUUCAACGAAGUGCAGAGCUACCAGAUGUUCUACACCAUCAUGGCCCCCUUCGAGUCCAUUCUUCCCCAUGGCAAGUACAAGCGUGGCAUCCGAGUCAUUGAGGAGUUCGUGGUUCCCUUCAUCGAGGAGGCACUCGCGCUUCCCCCUGACGAGCUCGAGAAGCUGUCGAAGUCGGACAAGGAUUUCACUUUCCUGCACAACAUUGCCCGCUUCACCCGCGACCCCAAGAUCAUCCGAGACCAGCUCAUCGCCAUUCUGCUCGCCGGACGCGACACUACCGCUGCGACGCUCUCCUGGACCGUCUACGAGCUCUCCCGCUACCCCGCCACCUUUGCUAAGCUUCGCAAUGAGGUUCUCUCCGCAGUUGGACCAAAGAAGCAACCUACGUACGAAGACCUGAAGAACAUGAAGUACUUGACAAACUGCCUCAACGAGACGCUGCGUCUGUACCCGGCAGUACCGUUCAACGUGCGCUCAGCAUUGACCACGACGACCCUGCCCGGGCAAAACGGAGGCCCUGAUAUUGCUGUACUGGAAGGCGACUCCGUCGUCUACAGCACGCUGGCCAUGCAGAGGAGGCGGGACCUGUACCCCGAGGUGUCGGAGACGUUCGCGGACCCGGCCAUCUACAGCCCCGAGAGGUGGGAGAACUGGACGCCGAAGCCGUGGCAGUACGUGCCGUUCAACGGCGGACCGAGAAUCUGCGUGGGACAGAACUUUGCCAUGACGGAGAUGGCUUACACAUUGGUGCUAUUUUUGCAAAAGUACGACAGGCUCGAGUACAGGGGCAAUUGGAGCGAGCAGGUGCUCAAGGCGGAGAUUGUGGGCGCGCCAGGACACGGCGUGCCGAUUGCGCUCCGCGAGGCGGUCGAUGGUGAGAUGGCGUAA